GUCACGGCCCCGCUUCCUGUAGUUUGAGCCCUUGGUUGCUUUCUGGCCGGCGGGACACGAACAUUCAGUGAAUAACUGGGGAUCCGCUGCAGAAGCUGGUGAGCGGCCAUAGGUACAGCCGGAAUGUAGGUACAUAUUUUGUAGAUAGAGGCACGUUAAGUACCGGGAGGGAGGUGCACGUCCUGGAGCAGACGAAGAUAAUGAUCCUGCGGCUGUUAGUUCACUUGAAAAGAGUUGAAAGGGCUGGAGGCAUUGAAUAGAAUGUUGUGCGUCAACCAUGUUUCUUUCGGGGUUUAGGUCUAAUGGAGACUGUGUCAAAUACAAGAAUUGGGUUCAGUGUAGACCCAGAACUAUUGCAAGUGGCCACUAAGAACGGGGGCAAUGCAGGAGGACCCAAACGUGUUUCUCUCAUUGAAUCUUGAGUAUCUGUCUGGCUCACCUGGGUUUCCUGUGCAGCAUCUGCUUGGCUUGGGAUUCCAUGGGAAGCUGUAAUAAACAAACAAACCCCAAAUAUCCCCAAAAUAUGGGACUUUGUUAUACAGUUCUUGACUAAGAUGGAUUAAUGACUAUUUGACACAGCUGACAUGCUCCGAGUGCUCACUUCCCCUUGGGCUCUUACUGGACAGACUUCCUUAUAGGGAUACUGAAACCUAGGAUUCAGGAUGUCCGACCCAAGUUUUUGGACAGCAUUCCAGGGUUGCAAGAGACGCCUAGCAAAAGGGGCCUUACUGCAGCGAUCGAAAAGCUGUAGGAGCAGCAACAGGAAGAGUCUGGUGGUGGGUUCCCCGUCACCUACACUGUCCCGCCCUCUGUCUCCACUCUCGGUGCCUACAGGAAGCAGUCCUUUGGAAAGCCCAAGAAAUUUUUCCACAAGUGCAUCUGUUAACUUCCCUUUUGCCCGCAGUCAUGGCCCUCGUGCAGACAGAGCUGAUGGCCGCAGAUGGUCCCUUGCUUCCCUUCCAUCUUCUGGAUAUGGAACGAACACUCCAAGUUCCACUCCAUCGUCUUCCUCUUCUUCCCAGGAAAGGCUGCACCAGCUUCCAUUUCAGCCCACUGCAGAUGAGCUUCAUUUCCUUUCCAAGCACUUCCGAAGUACAGAGAGUGUCACAGAUGAGGAUGGAAGGCGUUCUCCAUGCAUGCGCGCCCGCUCACGUAGCCUCAGCCCUGGUCGUGCAUCAUCAAACUUUGACAAUGAGAUUAUUAUGAUGAACCAUGUUUACAAAGAAAGAUUCCCAAAAGCUACAGCACAGAUGGAAGAACGGUUGCAAGACAUCAUCAGAUAUUUUUGCCCUAGCCAAACACUACCACUGGCUGAUGGUGUUUUAGGCUUCAUUCACCACCAGAUUAUCGAACUGGCUCGGGAUUGUCUGGACAAAUCUACGGGGGCACUGAUCACCUCUCGUUACUUUCUGGAGCUGCAAGAGAAAAUAGAAAAAAUGCUGCAAGAUGCACACAAUCGUUCAGAGAGUGAAGAAGUUAUGUUUGUUAACCAUCUGGCAAGGAAGUUACUGAUGGUCAUAGCUCGCCCAGCAAGGCUACUGGAAUGUUUGGAGUUUGAUCCAGAACAGUUUUAUCAUCUUCUGGAAGCUGCAGAAGGUCAGGCCAAGGUUGGCCAGGGAAUAAAGACUGACAUCCCUCGUUAUAUAAUCAGCCAACUUGGUCUCACAAAGGAUCCAUUAGAGGAGAUAGUUCAGCUGGAUCAUUAUGAUACAGAAUCCUCCCUGCAAUUACACCAAGAGGAUUAUCAAGAUCCAUAUAUUCCAAGUACUCCUUCACGAAAAAAACCUUGUGAGAGUGACUUUGAAACCAUUAAACUGAUUAGCAAUGGAGCUUAUGGUGCUGUGUAUCUAGUCAGGCACAAGGAGAUGCGACAAUGUUUUGCCAUGAAGAAGAUAAACAAGCAGAAUCUCAUACUGCGCAAUCAAAUUCAUCAAGUGUUUGUGGAGAGAGACAUCCUAACCUUUGCAGAGAAUCCUUUUGUAGUCAGCAUGUUCUGUUCAUUUGAGACACGGCGACACCUCUGUAUGGUGAUGGAGUAUGUAGAAGGAGGAGACUGUGCUACGAUACUGAAGAACAUGGGUCCGCUGCCAGUUGAUAUGAGCCAGAUGUAUUUUGCUGAAACUGUCCUGGCUCUAGAAUAUCUACACAACUAUGGGAUAGUUCACAGAGACCUUAAACCUGACAAUUUGCUGAUUACAUCAUUAGGACACAUCAAGCUGACAGACUUUGGACUUUCCAAAAUUGGCCUUAUGAACAUGACUACGAAUUUGUAUGAAGGGCAUAUCGAGAAGGACACAAGGGAGUUUCUAGACAAACAAGUGUGUGGGACCCCUGAGUACAUCGCACCUGAGGUUAUCCUACGGCAGGGAUAUGGAAAGCCUGUAGACUGGUGGGCCAUGGGCAUCAUUCUAUAUGAGUUUCUUGUUGGCUGUGUACCAUUCUUUGGAGACACAACGGAAGAAUUGUUUGGACAAGUGAUCAGUGAUGACAUAAUCUGGCCAGGAGGAGAGGAAGCACUUCCUACCGAUGCCCAAGAUCUAAUUAUCCGGCUGCUACGCCAAAACCCGCUGGAACGUAUAGGGACAGGUGGGGCUCAAGAAGUGAAACAGCAUCUGUUCUUCCUAUCGUUGGACUGGAAUGGACUUCUAAGGCAGAAAGCAGAGUUUGUUCCCCAGUUGGACGCAGAUGAUGACACUAGUUAUUUUGACACUCGAUCAGAACGGUAUCAUCAUUUAGCUUCGGAGGAAGAUGAGGAAACAAAUGAUGAUGAGUCCUCGGUGGAAAUCAGGCAAUUUUCUUCUUGCUCCAAUCGUUUCAGCAAGGUAUAUAGCAGUUCUGAGCAUUUAGCAGCACAGCUCAACCUGAGUUUUUCUUCCACUGAACGAAGUCACAGUGACGAAAAGGAAGAGCACAGUGACAGGUGGGAGAGGGCAAUGUCCAUUGAAGAAGAAAAAAAUAGACUAGGAGCUGAAACCAGGUUAAGGUCCUGGACAUCAUCUGGUUCCUCCCCUCAUUCCUGGCUAAGUGAGAGAAGCCCCAGCCCUAAAGUUCUCACCAGCACCUGCAGUCUGGAUACCAUGCCCAAGUUUGCCUUUUCCUCUGAAGAGGAGUCUUCUGAUCACAAACCUGAAAGGCCAACUUUUACUUCAGAAGAAAUUAAAGGAACUCCUCCAAAGCCUACUUCCUUUUGUGCAGAUAUUGUCAGUCUAAGCAGAACCCGCCUACGAAGCAACAGCACUGGGGCUAAAAAAUCUACUCCUUGGCCUCUGGAAGCAGGUGUCAGCCGCCAGCUAUGUAAGCAAAGAGAGACACCUGAAAAACAUAGUUCUUCCACAGGGAGCAGAGUCCCCAAAUCUGCCUCUGUCUCUGCCCUGUCUCUAAUAAUUGCCUCAGAUGAUUUUGGUAGUGGAUCACUUGCAAGCCCUAUCUCUCCACGUUCUUUAUCUUCUAAUCCAUCCUCAAGAGACUCCUCACCCACCCGUGAGUCUUCUGUUGCAGUAUCCAGCUUACGACCUCCCAUAAUUAUCCACAGCUCAGGAAGAAAGUAUGGCUUUACCCUACGAGCCAUAAGAGUCUACAUGGGAGAGAGUGAUGUUUAUACUGUACACCAUAUGGUUUGGAACGUAGAAGAUGGAAGUCCAGCCCAUGAGGCAGACCUUAAAGCUGGUGACCUCAUCACACACGUGAACGGCGAGUCUGUUCUUGGACUUGUGCACAUGGAUGUAGUUAAACUGCUGUUAAAGAGUGGCAGCAAAGUCUCCCUAAGGACAACUCCUCUUGAAAACACCUCCAUAAAAAUUGGGCCUGCUAGGAAAAACAGUUGCAAGGGCCGCAUGGCUAGGAGGACAAAGAAGAGCAGAAAAAGGGAGAGCCAAGACAGAAAGCGUUCUCUGUUCAAGAAAAUCUCCAAGCAGUCCACAGUGCUACAAACCAGUAGGAGCUUCUCAUCUGGGCUUCACCAAUCUUUGUCUUCCAGUGAGAGCCUCCCAGCCUCUCCCACUAACAGUUUGUCUCCAGGUCCUACCACUCCAAGUCGUAGCCCUGUCCCUGAUGCGGCAGAUGAUGCCACUUCACCACAGAGCACUUCACCCUGCUCCAGUACACCAAGCUCACCUGCAGGACACAUUCGACCAAGCUCCCUUCAGUGCCUAACCCCCAAACACAGUGGCCAACGCUACAAAGUUGGACGCAGGAAAUCUACUAGCAGCAUCCCACCUUCUCCCUUGGCUUGUACACCUUCACCUGUUCCACAGCCUCCCUCCUCCUCUCAGCGCUCUUCUUCCCCACUUUUACCUAGUCAUCCUAGGAGUGGACAUUGUGGCCUCCAGAGCAAGACUUUGUCACCUCCGACCAUAGUCAGACAAAGUGCUCGAAAUCGAGCAACAGAGACACCCAGGUCGCCUUUACUAAAGAGAGUGCAGUCUGUGGAAAAGAUGGCAGCAUAUUUGUCCAGUGGUCGUAAGGUAAGCCCAGUUGAUAUCCAGCACUGGGAGGACACAGUGGAUGGAUUAGAGGGUAUGUCAGAAUCCAGGAACAGGGAUUGGGGCGCAGAGAAACAUGAGCAUGACCCAGAGGUGGUGGUCAUGAGAAGGCUUAAUCUCUCAGAGAGACGGGACUCCUUCAAGAAGCAAGAAGCUGUGCAAGAAGUUAGUUUUGAUGAACCAGACACAGGAACUGUUGAGUUGGCACUUGAGGACAAAAAGUCAGGUAGGUGCUCAGGGCUGUGGGAACAAUUGCCCUACCAGACUUCCUGGAUACAAGCCCGGACAGGAAUAUCAACAUCUGUAACAACAGAGCAGGAGACUUCAUGUUGUCUUGUGCCUCAAAUAGCUGUACAGACCUCUGAGAGUGAUGAGCAAGAAAAGAGCCAAGGAUUUUACCCCUUACAGUUGCCAAGCAAGGACAAAUGUCCACAUGUAACUUUGCUGUCACAACCCACAGGUGCCAGUUCAGAUAGAAGCCAACUCGAAUCCGAAAAAGUUAGUGAAUGCCUGGCUCCCUUUGCAUUAUCAUCCAAACGUCACUCAAAAAAAUCUAGCUGAGCCUUACCUGCAAAAAAUUUUUUUAUGAAGGAACACCCAAUGGUGAAAGACAAGUGCAGGGAGGGGACUGAUAAAAUUGCAAAUGUUGUGCCAGUCAAAAACCCUAAGGAGCAUCUAGAGACCAAAUACACCCUUGCCUUCUAUGAAGUUUAUUUCCCCUCCUGGCCUUUUCAAUGUUCAUUAAUGGAAACAUGCUAGUUUCCCAUUAAUGCCCAGUUUUUGCAGCAAAUGCCCCCAUCACAAUUGCUGCCAGCGUUAGUGGAUGGUGGAAAGAAUUACUCAUAAAAGAGACCAAUGCCUAGAAAAGGAAGUUUGGUUUUUGCUCCCCUUCCCUUUGUGCCCCCUUUUUUUUUAACUCAUUUAAUGUAGGGUAUGUUUUAAACUUUAUUUUCCUGGAACGCUGCCAUUUUGAAGAAUUAUAUAUAUAUAUAUAUAUAUAUAUAUAUAUAUAUAUAUAGAUGUUAUUAUAUAUACCCCUUUAAAAGAAAAGAAGUCACUCUGUUUUAAAUAUUUUACUGCUCAUACAAGCUACAUUAUUCACUUUGGCUUACAAGUGAUGGAUGUGCAGCAAAUUAAUAAUGUAUUCAGCCGGUAUGACUUAAUUAAUUCAUAAUUUUUAACAUUCCGAUCACAAUUCUGUCAGCAAAGUCAUGUUAAGUAUAAUCCUAGCUGCUCUAGUACACUACUGUACAGUCCCCAUCUAAUUAUUCAAGGAAAAAGGUUUUAUCAUUUCUAGACAGCCAUUCCUGUGGUUGAAUUAUGUAUUUGCUAUUAUUAGUAAAAGAAUACUAUUUGCAGAGCGUCCAUGAUUUUCCAAGAGUUAAACAUAUCCUUUACCAACAACUGUUGAGGCUGGAUAUAAAAUUCUACUUACAGUAUAUAUACAUUUUAUACAUAGAAACUUUUUAGACAUUCCUCAAAACCUAAUGGUUUUCUAGAAUUUUUUUUUUCUUUUUGCAGAUUUGAAUUCCACGCCCUGCCACUUUUCUGUCUGAAUAAGUGCAGUAAUACUAUACAUUAAAAAAUAAACAAGAAAUGUAAUACAUCAGAAAAAAACUAAUAGUCAGUGAAAAGAGAGAUUAUGAUUUUUUUUUUUAAAAGGAUUGUAGAAUUUGGUUUUGUUUCUUCGGUUUGAAUUUGAUUAUUCUUAAAAAAAAAAAAAAAAAGUCCAGAAAACUAAGGACUAGAA